GUGAAGGACGGCUUGGGAGGCAGAGUCCGUGUUUGUAAAUAAGACCGUUAAAACCUGUGUUUUAUUUACAAAAGUUAUGCCGGCUAUUUUUAAGUGUCGUGCCCAGUUGUUUUAGAUCGUUUUUUAAUUUAUUUUUUUGCUGUUAUUCCUCGCUUGAUUUGUGUGGUUUUACACUACGCGUAAUGGCGAGCUCGGCUAACUCGAAUCAAGUGCCUAAACUGUACAGGUCUGUGAUUGAAGAUGUUAUCAAUGAGGUCCGGGAGCUCUUCCUGGAUGAGGGGGUGGACGAGCAGGUCCUCAUGGAACUCAAAACGCUGUGGGAGAACAAGCUAAUGCAGAGUAAGGCAGUGGAGGGCUUCAACACAGAGGAGCAGGCUGCCCUCCAGGCAGCAGCCCAGCAGCAGGCACAACAGGCCCAGCAGGCUACCCAGCAAGCCCAGACACAGCAGGUCCUCCUGCCCCCGCAGCAGCAAGUGACGAGCUGGCAAUCGACCCGGCCUACUGUCACCAGCGCACCCCAGCAGCAAGUCAUUGUGCAGGAUCCUAAAAUUCUGCAGCAUAUGAGUGCAACAGGGAUGAGUGCAGCAACCACAGCAGCAACCUUGGCCUUACCAACAGGAAUCAGUCCCUACCAACAACUCAUCACUAGCCAAGGCGGCAAUUUGCCCCAGACUAUAUAUCUUAAAACAGUGGACGGUCAGAUCCUCCAGGUGCUGCGUGCGGCUAACGGGACCCAGUACAUUAUCCAGCCUCAGCAGCAGAUGGUCCUUCAGCAGCAGGUCCUUCCUCAGAUGCAGCCUGGCGGUGGGCAGGCCCCCGUCAUACAGCAGGUACGCCCCAUCACACAGGUACUGGCUCCUCUCCAGGGAGGACUCCCCCAGGUGCUGGCUCCUCUACAGGGAGGCCUCCCCCAGCAGACAGGAGUCAUCAUCCAGCCUCAACAGGUCAUCCUCACUGGGAACAAGGUCCAUCAGAAUGCACAGGUAAUGCAGAUGACAGGCCAGCCCGGUCAGGUGCAGCAGAUCCAGCAGCAGGUCCAACAAGUUCAACAGGUCCAGGGCGGAGCUGCACCAGGAGGCCCACAACAACAGCAGCAGAUCCAGCAGCAGGUCCAACAAGUACAACAGGUCCAGGGCGGAGCUGCACCAGGAGGCCCACAACAACAGCAGCAGAUCCAGCAGCAGGUCCAACAAGUACAACAGGUCCAGGGCGGAGCUGCACCAGGAGGCCCACAACAACAGCAGCAGAUUCAGCAGCAGGUCCAACAAGUUCAACAGGUCCAGGGCGGAGCUGCACCAGGAGUCCCACAGCAACAGCAGCAGCCUCCUAUGAUGCUGCAGGUGGACGGAGCGGGGGACACGUCCUCAGAGGACGAAGAUGAGGAGGAAGAGUAUGACGAGGAGGAAGAUGAAGAAAAGGAAAAAGAUGGCGAGGACGGCCAGGUGGAGGAGGAGCCUCUGAAUAGUGAAGAUGAUGUGAGUGACGAGGAGGACCAAGAACUGUUUGAUACAGAAAAUGUGGUGGUGUGCCAGUAUGACAAGAUACACAGAAGUAAGAACAAAUGGAAGUUCCACCUGAAGGAUGGGAUCAUGAACCUGAACGGCCGAGACUACGUCUUCUCCAAAGCCAUCGGGGACGCAGAGUGGUAAAACACACAGCACAAAGAAUGCGUCCCAAAUAGCACUCUAUUACCUAUAUAGUGCACUACAUAGGGAAUAGGGUGCCACUACAUAGGGAAUAGGGUGCCAUUUGGAACACAGAAAAAGGAACACACAACAACAACAAAAACACCACGAAGGAACUCUGGAACCUUCUGUCAAGUUUGAGAAAGAGACUCAUCAAUAACUAUGACCCAGGGAAUCAUAUUUCAGCCAGAGGACCUGGGAUGGGCUGGUUUGGGAAGGAAAUAAACGUAACACACCACCCAAAACUGUGAUACUGACUGAUGCACAUCUGUAUGAAUGGUAUAUCUGUAUUAACACCCAAUAGCCUACAAGCCUCCCAAGACAAGACACUGAGGAUUCCAUGCAGCACGGCCGAGGGAUCGAUGGAGAAAUCUUCUAAGUUUCUUUGUUUGACUGAAUUCACCAUUUUGACCUGACUCCCACUUCUAGUGGACCAGAUAUAACCACUGACUUGAGUUGACCCACCCUAAACACUUUAUGCCAAUAGGUUUGAAUCCGGGUCAAAGGUCAGAUAAAAUAUCCAGUGAUUGGACAAGGGAGUCUUUCGAUCCCAGUUGUGUGCCUAGUGAUUGGCUAGGAAACACGUCAGUCAAUCCCAGUUUUUUUCAGUGACUGGGCACCACACAGUGAAGUUGACACCAGUGUAUUGAGUUGAGAUGGCUGUUUGAAAAAGGUUGAUGUUAUUAUCUUCAUCCGCUUGUAGAUCUGGUUCCAUGUCACUGAUAUGAUAUUCCUGCCACAUGUUAUGAUGGUCCAUACUAAAAGUGCCCUCCUGUUUAUCUAGUUGAUAGUGAUAUCCACUGUGUUCAGCAGUCCAGCUCCCCUCCUGUUUAUCUAGUUGAUAGUGAUAGCCACUGUGUUCAGCAGUCCAGCUCCCCUCCUGUUUAUCUAGUUGAUAGUGAUAUCCACUGUGUUCAGCAGUCCAGCUCCCCUCCUGUUUAUCUAGUUGAUAGUGAUAGCCACUGUGUUCAGCAGUCCAGCUCCCCUCCUGUUUAUCUAGUUGAUAGUGAUAGCCACUGUGUUCAGCAGUCCAGCUCCCCUCCUGUUUAUCUAGUUGAUAGUGAUAUCCACUGUGUUCAGCAGUCCAGCUCCCCUCCUGUUUAUCUAGUUGAUAGCGAUAUCCACUGUGUUCAGCAGUCCAGCUCCCCUCCUGUUUAUCUAGUUGAUAGUGAUAUCCACUGUGUUCAGCAGUCCAGCUCCCCUCCUGUUUAUCUAGUUGAUAGUGAUAUCCAUUGUGUUCAGCAGUCCAGCUCCCCUCCUGUUUAUCUAGUUGAUAGUGAUAGCCACUGUGUUCAGCAGUCCAGCUCCCCUCCUGUUUAUCUAGUUGAUAGUGAUAUCCAUUGUGUUCAGCAGUCCAGCUCCCCUCCUGUUUAUCUAGUUGAUAGUGAUAGCCACUGUGUUCAGCAGUCCAGCUCCCCUCCUGUUUAUCUAGUUGAUAGUGAUAUCCAUU